GCAGAGCCCAGGACUCACAUCUGCGCGCGCGCACACACUCACACACUCAAGAAGUGUAGCUUUAGUGAGCUACAGUUUACCUGAGCGACCACAGCAGCACCAAACAUGGAGAUGUACAGCAAUGAUAUUAAGAAACCCAAGUCUUCUAUAUUUUGUAACAUCAAGUUCUUUGUGCUGUGCCACGGCCUACUCCAGCUCAUGCAGCUGCUGCACACAGCCUACUUUAAGAGCACCAUCACCACCAUCGAGAGACGCUUUGGCCUCGACAGUCUGUCCUCGGGAACCAUCUCCUCCCUUCAUGAGGUAGGGAAUAUGGUGCUGAUAGUAUUUGUCAGUUACCUAGGAAGUCGUGUUCAUCGCCCUCGUUUCAUCGGAAUGGGAGGAUUGCUGAUGUCCAUUAGUGCAAUGAUACUGACAUUACCUCACUUCCUGUCUCAGCCUUACACCUAUGACUCCGCCCUGAAAGACAGCAGACAGGACAUGUGCUAUGUCCAUGCUGGGCGUGUCAAUGCAUCAGAGACGUGCAGUUCUCUAGACACCCGCAAGAUUGGGGAUAAUACAAAGCUGUGGGUCCUCAUGGCCACGGCCCAAUUGCUGUUUGGAAUUGGCUCCGUCCCAAUUCAGCCUUUCGGGAUCUCAUAUGUGGAUGACUUCGCUGGGCCUGGCAACUCCCCUCUCUACAUCGCCAUACUCUUUGCUGUGUCUGUGUUCGGACCUGCCUUUGGCUAUCUGCUUGGAUCUGUGGUACUUAGAAUCUAUGUCGACGUGGACAGAGUUAAUCCAGUGGGCAGUAAGGAGUUGACCCCUAUUGACCCUCGCUGGGUUGGAGCAUGGUGGAUGGGUUUGCUGAUCUCUGCCGGGGGACUGUUCCUCACCUCCCUUCCCUACUUUUUCUUCCCCCGGGCCAUGCAUGUAGAUAUUAUCACUACAAACGAGAGGAACAUUUUAAAAGACAGCCAUAAGAGUUCUGACACCAGCAUGCUGGAAUUCCUCAAAAUGUUCCCACGCCUGUUUGUGCGGCUGCUGCUCAGUCCGUUCUUCUUGAUGCUGGUUCUGUCCCAGUGCUGCUUCUCCGCGGUGAUGGCCGGACUUGCCACCUUCCUCAACAAAUUUCUGGAGCGUCAGUACAGCACCUCGGCUGCUUACAGCAGUCUUCUCAUAGGUGCCGUCAACCUGCCCUCAGCAGCCAUUGGGAUGUUGUUGGGAGGUGUAAUUAUGAAAUGCUGGGGUCUGUCACUUCGAGCCAUUCCACGUUUCUCCAUAGUAGUGCUCACUCUCUCCACAGUACUGUGUGUUCCUUUGUUCUUCAUGGGCUGCUCCACUCAAACAGUCUCUGGGGUUUAUCCACUAAACACAGACAGGAGUCCCGUUUUGGUCUGCAAUUCCACCUGCUCUUGUUCGAGUAGUAUUUUUAACCCAGUGUGUGAUGAUAACAACGUUGAAUAUCGUUCACCAUGCCAUGCAGGCUGCACCAGCUUUACCAAGGACCCGAUGAAUAAUUUUCGGAUUCAGUCCUUCAAUAACUGCAGCUGUGUGAGAACGAGCAGUGGCUUCGGGGGUGCACGUCCUGGUCCCUGUGCCAACAGCUGCCCUCACCUCCUCCUGCCUGUUAUCUUCCUCAUCUCUAUAGCUGCCCUUAUCGCCAGUCUGACACACAACCCAAUCUACAUGAUGGUACUCAGGACAGUGCCACAGGAGGACAAAUCUUUAGCCAUAGGAGUUCAGUUCCUACUCAUGAGAGUUCUUGUGUGGCUACCAGCUCCUGCCCUUUUCGGGGUGACGAUCGACUCCACCUGCAUUUUGUGGAAAACAGUCUGCGGGAAAAAGCUCAGCUGCAGUUACUAUGACAACAACCUGCUUAGAAACAGGUAUCUUGGUGUGCAGGUGCUGUUUAAAAUUAUGGGCGUUGCCAUGCUAGCUCUGAUAGGCUGGAAGGUUGGAAGAACCCAACAGUACAGUCUGGAGAAGAAGCCUGAGGGACAACUGUGAUGCUCCAGUUCCUCUCAUCUCUCUCUCAUCUCUUGUAGGAGAUGCCCAAGUUUAAGAGUCCAUUCAGCAAACCAGACCACUGACACCCUUUAUUACCUGCCAUCUUCUUUUUGGCUCUGCUGAAAGGGUGUCUCUGUAACACAUGGAUGGACGUUCUCUUCCACUUUGCACUGACUUUGUAACCGUAUCCUAUAGAAGAGGCUUUCUAAAGACUUUGUGCCAGUGUUCAUUCCAUUUAUGAACUGUUAGUUAAAGUUCACUUUGUUAAAAGUUCACAUGUUAUAAUACUAAAUCUAAUAGUCUAAUGUUAGACAACUAAAAUAUAUGCUGCUGGUAGGAAUGUCCUGGUUAUACCCACUCAUGAAAGAGAAGAAUCCUGUACCUCUGUUCAGUUCGCAUUAAAUGUACUGAAUAUAUUAUGGUGGGCACAUAAUUAAAAGGUUUCACCCUCCAGUCGGUGGAUAUGUGAAGAAUAAGUGAUGUACAGUAUGUUACAGUGUCGUAAAAAUUACCACGUUUAUGUUUAUAGGUGAAUUGUCCAUACUAGAGUUACAGUAUUUAAGAGGCCUAUAAUUGGUCAUACAAUUAAAGCAUUUAAAAGCUUAGAAUAUUAUUUUGUUAUUGAAACAGUGUAUGGAAAUGGGUGUCUUCAAUAUUUGUAAAUGUGUAUUUUUGUACAAGUUAGAAAUGUUAUAUUGUAUAACCUUAUUUUUUGACACAAGCAAUAAAAUCUUGCGAUCACAAGUUCG